AUGCUCUGUUCAACUUACGCCAACAAGAACCAGGUGCACUCUAAUGCUUCAUUUGUUUUUAAUCACUACUUGUUUAUUCUGUUGGCUGACUAUAUUUUCCUCACCAUUAAAAAGAAAAGUGAACAAAGGUGUGAUCUUGUGAUAUUUGCUGGGAAAAAGAGCGAGAAAAUAGCUUCAGGGCUGCUUGAACCUUUCAUCCCCCGCCAUGUCCUCGCCGCCGUUAGCAUCGAGAUCCUCAAGGCUGUCGGAGAGCGUUCGAGGGGUGGCUCCCUCGACAGCGUCACCUUUCUACUCCGCUUCGACUUCCUUGUGGAGCUCGCUGCCACCUAUGCAGUCGCCGACGGCAUUGCCGGCGAUGAUGGGGUGGAGGUCGCCUCGGAGCUCCGUGCCUUCCUGCGGGACUUUGCCAACCAAGCUUCCGCCACUGAUCGUCCGCUCAUGUCCAGCGCCGCUUGGACUCCGCCUUUCGCGCAGCAGGCAAAAUAUCGGAGUUCACGCAUCUACCUCUACCGCCGAGCUCGAACUCCUUCUACAUGGACGAGGAACAAAUGGCAAUGGGUCACGAUGAAGGAUGGGUCAAGCCAGUGCAUGGUAAAAAGGACGGGCUUCAUGAGUGGUUACAGGGGCCCGACCAUAUGUGAGCCUCGUGUCUUCCCUGAAUGUUUGCCUCCUCAGUCCACGGGCCCGCAAGUGCAAAACGGUUAA